AUGGCGCACAGCGAGUGUCUUGCGAAGCGGUUAGGCGCAACGUGUCUUGCUGCGGCAGACGAGCGCCUCGAGAGAGGACAGCAUGGCCCCGGCCCAGCUGUGUCCGCGGGCAAGCAGCCGUGGGAGCGCGUUUGCGUGCGAUGCAAAGACAACGGGUUUGCAGUCGAUCGGAGCAUUGUCCGCCGCGUUCCGCGUGAUGAGCUUCUGGCGCUCCGACAAAAGGGUGGAUCCAACGACGGCUUUCGCGAUGCACCGGCCUGUUAUGCGGAGAGAUUUCAGUACUUGCUCGUCAAUGACAGCGGUGAUCUGAGCAAAGCCGAGGGGCGCACCUGGAAGGAUGGCCCAAAGCACAAGGACGUGAGCCAAGAUGGCGCGCUCGUGAUUUUGGUCCCUGGCUCGCCGCCGUUUCCGUCGCGCUGGGAAAUUCCCACAGCAGAUGACGGCAAGCUAAGGCUCGCCGUGAAGUACAAGACGUUUGUGCCAAAGGGCAGAAGCAACCAACCCACGGCGCUGCAGCCCAACGCUGCUACGCCUACGCAGCACGAGGGGCAGGGGCGCAACGCGCCGCUGACCCUCGACAAUGGCUUGACGCCGGAUCUGCUGACGGAUUUGGACACGACUCUUGCUGCUCGCCCGUCGUUUUCCUCCCUCGCGUCAACCUCCAGCGAAACCCAUACCCCGCCGUUUGAGCGCAGCGUAGAGGUGGGAGGCUCGCACAACGGAGCUCACCCCGCGAGAAAGCGGCCGGCUGUAGCGCCCGUGGAUGACCUUGCAGCCAGGGCGGUCACGCUUCAGAUCUCCGGCUUGGGCGUGGAUGAGACGGCCGUGCGCAUUCGCGAGCUCCGAGCCCUCGCCGACCACUUGGAAAAGAAGGGUGCCCCGGAGAACCCACAGGCAGCGAGGGAGCUCCAGUCGGAGCUCUCCUUUAAGGCAAAGCUUAGGGACCUUGAGGCGAGGGACUUUGAGCCGGACGGCUUGCAGCUGCGCAGCGCUGGGGCGUCAAGGCGGAGCGAGCGGGGGGAAGCCUCCCCUUCGGCCGCAAAGCAGGAGCCGAGCGACGAGUCGAGUGACGAGGAAGAGGCGAUAGUGUACAGGAGCACCCGCAGGUAG